AGUUAGUUUGAGCCCAUCCUCGUUGCUUUCUGGCAUGUGAAGGUCAUGAAUAGCCUAAAAUAAUUGAGACAAUUUUGUUAGUGGAUCUAACAGGACUGAGUAAACAUUUAAUCGAUAUAAUUUCAUAACUGUUGUUGUUGUCGCCAUGAGGGGACGGGGUUCUGGAAAUCAUAACAAUUGUUAACAGUUAGCUUGAGCCAACGGUCAGAUACAGACCGAGGGGGAACAACAUCGCUUUUCUCAUGUCACUGUCUACGGCCCAGUCGUAACGGUACCGACCCAAAAAUCACCUGUUGGUCAGUCACUCCUCUUUUCUUUUUUUAUUGUGGGCGGAAGUCGUUGUUUACUCCUCGCGGUGUUGUGCACGCUCCGAAUAUCAAAACCAAACGCGGCACUUUCAAAGUUAAGCUAGCUUCGGUACUCCAGCGUGAUGUUCUACACUCAGCUCUUCACGUCCAAGCGGGGCCCUCUAGCCAAAAUUUGGUUGGCAGCCCACUGGGAAAGGAAACUCACAAAGGCCCAUGUAUUUGAAUGCAAUUUGGAAACCUCCAUCAGAGACAUUAUUUCCCCAACGAUGAAAAUUGGUUUGAGGACAUCUGGUCAUCUGCUCAUUGGUGUGGUCAGGAUCUACUCCAAAAAAGCCAAGUAUCUCCUUGCAGACUGCAAUGAUGCCCUGGUCAAAAUUAAAAUGGAAUUCAGGCCAGGUCAGACAGAUAUGCCCGAGGAGGGGCUCGAGGCAACACUAAAAGCAAUUACCCUGAUCGAAGAUUUCACCGCCUUCGAUGUCCAGCUGCCGCACCCAAGUAACAUAGAUGUCGUGGACCACUUUUCACUGAACCAGUGUCGAUCAGAAGAAAUUACUCUGAAAGAGGAUUUUGGAAGUGGCUUUCUGAACUUGGCAGAUUUUGGAGAUGAGUCCCAGAGCCACCAUAAUGCUCUGAUGGAUAUGAGCUUCCAGAGCCUGGCUCAACAUGGAGACGCUUUUGGGGAUGAGGAUAAAGGGUUCGACCUACUCGACUUUCUGACAAACUCCAGUGAUCACAUUGAGUCCACCGACUUAAUCCCAGAAGAGCCUCAUAAUGAAAAUCCAGAGAUCUCUACAGUCAAUUAUCAACAAGAUGCUGACAAAAUGGAGGUGGAGACCCCUACACUGAAUCAGACCACCCUGCUUGCUAAUGAGGCGGAGGCCUUUGCCCUUGAACCUGUGGCCAUCACUCCAAACUCUGAGAAGAAGAGGGGGAAAAGGAAACGCAAGUUGGUUGUGGACCAGACUAAAGAGCUGAGCAAUGAAUCCAUCAGAGCCCAGCUUUCUGACUAUUCAGAUCUGGUCGCCCCUUUGGACAUGGCCCCACCAACCCUGCAGCUCAUGCAUUGGAAGGAGAGCGGAGGUGCAGACAAACUCUUUGCACAGCCAUGUUCCACUGUAGUAUCUCCACAAAUACAGGAGCUUUUUGCCAAGAGUAUUUUCCAGGUGAAAUAUUCUGGUGUGUGUGAUGAGGUUGAGGUGAUACGCCAGGGUGGACAAGAAGUUCAGAGGGACACAAGUGCACUCACCACAGACAACGCCAGUCCAGUGGAUUCAUCAAUAGAUCCUGAAAAAACACACAACGCUGAAUUGACAAUCAUUGAUGCCAUUAAUGACAGUCAACAUGAGAAUUACCCCGAGCUCGCAGAGGUAAGUAUGUCAGGUGAGGAGAAGAAUGAAAACAGGUCGGCGUUUACUCAGCCUGAACUUCCGUCAGAAGACUCCAUGUUUGUUCAUACAUCUUUCAUGGAGCAGGAAACUCAGUCAACUUCCCUCCACACUCAGUCUAUGCUGGACAGCCAGGACUUUGAGGAGAAGAAGAUAAGCAGGCGUGCACAGAAGCUUCUGAACACUCUAAAAAGCCAGGGCAACAGAGACACCACGUUCAGCCUGGAGGCACUCUGCGAAGGAGGGACUCGCUCACAGGCUGCAACCACUUUCUUCUGUCUCCUCAUCCUGAAAAAACAAAAAGCUCUUCACCUGCACCAGAGCGCACCGUAUGAGGACAUCUUUGCCACACCUGGACCCAAGUUCUAUGAUUAGUACAACAGAAAACUUGAUCUGCCUCAUGCUCAAAUAGCACGUUUGUGUUUCUAUGUCAGUGUCCCAGAGUAAAAAUCAAAUGGGUUUCUGGGCUAACUAGUAAAAACUUAUUAAUUAUAUGUAACACACAUUAGUAUGUUUAUGUGUGUGUCUCUAUACAUGUAUAUAUUCUUUUUGCUUGUUCUUGGCACUUUUCAUUUGUGAGAAAUUGGAUAUGGUAUUAAUGAAGGAGCAGUUUGUCUAAAACUUGUCAGACUGUUUUUAUUAGGCCUCUGACAUAAAACAAUAUCUGACACCCGAUAUGGGUUUCACAACCCUAAAUUUAUUAACUGAUCUAAAAGAUCCUUAGAAUUUAUCUAAAAAAUAUUUCAUAUCAGUAACAUCUGAUGUUCUGCAGUUAUUCUUGCGGUCUUUAGGAAACUGACAUUUCCUGCAUGUUAGUGUUUUACACCAGUCCCUCUUCUAUUUAUUCUAAACACAGGAUUUUAAGAACCACCCUUACUAUAUGUAAUCCCUUUUGAAAAUGACAUUUCAUUCUAAGCAAAUUACUGCUUUAAAGUGCAUUGAUUAUUGGCAAUUUAACAUUGUUCUCUGUGUUAAUGGAUGAACAUCUAUAUGAAACACACACGAUACAUUUACUUGUAUACAUUUUUCUAGUUUUAGAAAGAUUGAUUUUACGUAUAUUUUAUAUAAUGAAGUUUGGGAUAUGUUACUCAAGUCAUAUAUUCACCAUAUAUUCUUCAUGCUUGUGGUCUAGAUAUUCUUGAUGUUUUUUUUGUUUUGUUGCGUGCAGCUUAAAUCCAGAAAACUGAGUACUCACUUCUGUACAGUACUGAGCUGUUCUUUAGUAACGAAUGGAGUGACUAAUGUUAAAUUAUACAGUGAUAAUAGACUCAAAUUGAAUUAUAUGUAUUUAUAUUCCUACUGCUGGUCAGAAUUUGUAUGUCAUCCAUUUUAUUCUGUGCUCAAUGCAGGCCUGACAACACACAUUCAGCAAAAUAGGUUACAGGCAUAGGAAUUACUUUACUAAACUGAAAAUCCCAUUUUCCACUUGUUCUUGGAGUUCAUUAUGUAAAAAGCCAUAUUAAAUGUGUGUUUUUCCUGAAAUUGUAAAUACCUGUUAUGGCUUAUGUUAUUAAUGUAUAAAUGGAU